AACUUACUCUGUCCCUUCUAGCGUGGAAUUCGCAACAACGACCCUCAUUCAUCUUCCUCUAUAUAUUACUCCUCAGCUCUUAUAUUUAGACGCACACAAUCAUGCAGCUCUAGGGAAUCAAGAAAAUUAUUAUACCCUUUAAGAUGAAACCGUACCUACGUUCAAUAUUCCUAUUAUUCCUUAUCCUUCUCGACCAAUCCAUUUCGGCGAGUGCUUUUUUUAAUGGAUUGCUAAACAUUGAAAAGUGGCCCUUUAGCGAGAAAAGUUUGAAGUGGGGAAAGGUAGGGAAGGAGACGAUAGAUAGUAUCAAUGACUAUUUAAAAAAAGAGCUUGAGUCCCCUCCCGCACUACCGAAGCAAAUCAAUAUUGAAGUUGAAGGCCUGUCUGUCGUCAAGUAUUACUUAUCUGACUACGGCUACAUUGAAUCCUCUGGGCCAUUUAACAAUAUUUUCGACCAGGAAACAAUGUCAGCCAUUAAGACCUACCAGGAAUUUUCCAAUCUUCCAGUUACCGGCGUUCCGAACAAACAGCUUAAGCAGCAAAUGUUGUCCCUACGAUGCGGUGUCCCCGACGUUAACAUCGACUACAACUUCACCGACGACAACACUUCCUAUCCCAAAGCCGGACACCGCUGGUUCCCAAACAGAAACCUCACAUACGGUUUUCUUCCCAAAAACCAAAUCCCAGACAACAUGACUAAGGUGUUCAGAGAUUCCUUUGCCCGGUGGGCCCAAGCCUCGGGAACUUUGAGUCUCACGGAGACAACCUACGACAACGCCGACAUCCAGGUAGGGUUCUACAACUUCACUGCCUUGAGCAUUGAAGUGCAGGUGUAUGGUGGCAGCCUUAUAUUUUUGCAACCGGAUUCUAGUAAGAAAGGGGUGGUACUUAUGGACGGUAACAUGGGCUGGUUACUUCCAAGUGAAAACGCCUCACUGUCUAAAGAUGAUAGAGUUUUGGACUUGGAGACUGUGGCGAUGCACCAGAUAGGGCAUCUACUUGGACUUGAUCACUCUCCCAAAGAGGACUCUGUUAUGUAUCCUUACAUAUUGUCAUCACAGUCACAGCAACGAAAGGUGCAGCUUUCCGAUUCUGACAAGGCCAACAUUCACCUUCAGUUUGCUAACUCUGCAAGCCACGGUGGGUGCUUGGACGUGCUUUUAGUUACUACUUUCUCUCUUGGAUUUGCUUACUUACUGCUCCUUUUGUAUUAGUCGCUGCUCCUGUCCCACCUUGCUUUUGGACUUUUAUGAGCUUUUUAUAUUUCUGAUUGUUCAAUGUUUAUUGUAUGUGUUCCCCAACCCGUGGUGACUUUUCGGUUUAUUCAUGUGCCUGUUUCUUAUAGGCCUUUCGAUUUUAAUCUAAUGGCUCAUUUUUUUUUUC